AUGCAGUUAGAUGUUUACAUCCACGAUUAUCUUGUGAAGAGAAAAUAUGGUAACUCUGCUAGAACAUUUCAAACAGAAGCCAAGAUACCUACAAAACCAGCCGCUAUUGACACUCCUGGUGGUUUCCUUUCCGAGUGGUGGUCAGUGUUUUGGGAUAUCUUCAUUGCUAGAUACAAGUGGACAGGGCCUAACAAUGAGCCCCUUCUUUCGAAACCACGAGAGCAGCUUCAGCAACAGAAGUGGCCGCAGAACUCUCAACAGCAGUUGCUGCAACAGAUGCACAUGCAACUUGUCCUUCAAAAGCAUAUUGAACAGCAACAGCUGCAGCGCCAGUGCCAAGGCCAAUUAGUUGAGGCUCAGCUUCAGCACGGCACUGCCAGCAAUGCUCUUGCUGAGCAAAAGCUUGGAAUGUCUUAUGCCACAGCCCAAAAGAUGUUUGAUGAAGCCUUGAACCCUCAAAAUCAGGAUGAUGUUCUGUCUGAGGCCCAAAUGAAGAGGUAUAUGCUGUCACAGGACAGUGGCAAGGUUGGCCUGCUUUCCGAUGCAAUGCAUACCUCAAUAGUAAGGUCAGCUGUCAGUAGAGACCAGCCUUCAGGGCAACUAGGACAUGAUACACCUAUUGGCAAUUUAAAAUCAUGCCAAGGAGUGAAAGAUCAAAAGCACCAACCUUUGGCAUCUAAAGACCUAAAGAAUUUGAUGAUUUCCCCAAGCCCUAGAUAUACUGGUUUAGAUGGAUCACUGACUGAAGUUAUUGGAUCAAAUCAAGCAGUGAACACUUUGCCAUUAAAGGGUUGGCCACUCAUGAGCCUUGAUCAGCUUCAACCUGGACUUUACCAGCAGAAAAAGUCUCUUGUUCACCCUUAUCAACCUGCCCAACCUCAGUUACAUCAGCAAAUAAGAAUGCUUCUCAUGGAUCAGAAUAUUGUCAGGGAGAACUAUGCGAAGGACAGUGAACAGAAAUUAGUUGGCAAUAUUAUUCCUGACAUUUUGCAUGCUGAAGUAGGUCACCCUAUUUUCUCUCAUGGAGACACAGAAAUUCCCGCAAAGUUCUAUGAGCGACUGCUGCAGAACAACCAAUGCCAUCAGCAAUUUAUGCAGCCUAUACCUCUUGGAUCAACAUCAGAAAAUUCAGAUUGCCAAAUCCCACCAGCAGAUAGAGCAGGAGCUGCUAGUGGCAGCACCGACGAUAUUACCAUUUCAAAAACCUCUAGAGAAUAUGAUCAGGUGUCAAAGAAGCAGCCUUUGAAGAAAAGAAAGCAACCAAUGUCCUUUACAUGUCCUCCAGAAUGCUCAGGAGCUGCAAACACCCCUGCAUUGACCCCAAAUUCAGCACCCUCAACUCCCUCGACACCCUUAACAAAUACAACGGGAGAUAUGUUACCAAUCCCUGAUUUACCUCCAAAAGAUUUUUCUUCUAAGGCUGCCCUUGAUCAGUUAACAGAAAGUGGACCUUUGGAAGCUAAUGUUGCACAUUUUCUGUCUCCUGACAAUCCUGGAAGUGCACCUACUGGAUGGUCAGAUACAACACUGUUGGAGAUUGGAACUAUGUAUACUGAUAAUGUGAAGUGCUGCGGCAUCUCAUCAAAUGGGAAGCUUAUUGCAACUGGUGGAGUCAACAGAAAGGUUGUAUUAUGGUGCACAGAAUCAAGAAAAGAGAGGUAUCAAUUUGAACAAUCUGCUGCAAUCACAGAUCUCUGUUUUGGAUCAAGGUUGCCGAGGCUUGCUACAUCUUCUGUUGACAAGACUGUCAAGAUUUGGAAUGUUGAUAAUCAAGACUGUCCUAUUCAAACUUUCAUGGGCCAUAGUGGUUCUGUAAUAUCAGUGGACUUGCACCCAAGGAAGGAGGAUCUUGUGUGCUCCUGUGAUGAUGAUAGGGAGAUACGAUACUGGAGUAUCAGGAAUGGCGCUUGUACUGGAGUUUUGAAGGUUGGUGCAACCCAGGUGAGAUUUCAACCUACUCAUGGAAGGUACCUUACAGCCGCAGUUGGAAAUGGUGUAACCAUAGUUGAUAUCGAAACCCAAACAUUUAGAUAUCCUUUAAAGGAUCACGCCACAGAUGUUCUUUGUGUAUGCUGGAAUUCUUCUGGUGAAUAUCUGGCUUCUUUAAGUGAAGAUUCUAUCAGAGUCUGGAAGAUUGGUUCCUGUGGACAGCAAAAGUGCAUGCAUGAGUUAAGCAUCACUGGCAAAAAGUUCCGCUGCUGCGCUUUUCAUCCCUGUCAAUCUUCGUUGCUUGUGAUUGGUUCUAACGAGUCUCUGGAGCUUUGGCAUAUGGCUGAAAACAAGAUGAUGACUGCGCUUGGACAGCCAACAAAGACAUUGGCAGUAUCAAAUCCUUCCGGUUUGGUUGCUUCAGUUGGUGAAGACAAUUUCAUCAAGGUCUGGAAGUGACUCUGUUUUCCAGUCUCUUCUGUGCUUAACGAUUCGAUAAUUUUUGUAGUGAUUGCUCUUUUUGGUUCA